AUGUCUGACCAAAGAGUUUUCGCAAGAUAUAGAGCAAAUGAGAUCAGGUUGGAUCUACAAAAUGUUGACAUAAAAAAAUUCAAAUCAGGCACCACCAAGAAAAAGAAUGCCUUAAGAAAAAUCAUAGUAAAUUUGACCUUAGGAAACUAUAACGAAAUGAUAGAUUUACUUCCAGAAAUCCUUAAAUUUUGGCAAAUUGAAGACGAUCUUGAAGUCAGGAGAAUUUGCCACGAAUAUACUAGAUCGGUCGGGUCGAUGAAACCAAAAUUAACUGAUGAAAUUUUGCCAUUCGUAUUGAAGGACUUACGAAGUAAAAAUGAAAACUUACAAAUCAUGGCCUUGAGGACAUUGAUCUUUGUACCUUCUCCGCCCUUCACUAGCGAAGCAUUUAAAUUUCUAAUGUCAUUAAUAAAUCACCGUUCAGAUUCCAUAGAAUUGACAAGAACUGCUAUAUAUUCUUUGGUUCAAAUGGAUGAUUUUGAUCAUGCGAGAAUUAGCGGAUUAUUGGAGAUUUUAUUAGAUAUUGUAUCACAAUCAUCAGAAGAACCAACUAUCCAAAUAGCUGCCUUAAACACUAUAUAUGCAAUUCAUGAAAAACACCAAGAUAUGAAACCAUUGGGUAUAUCGAUUGAUACAUGUUUUAACCUUCUUAGUCUGUUGCCAAAUUUGAAUGAAUGGGAUAAAGGGUUACUACUAGAAGCUUUGCCAGCUUCCGUAGUACCACAGACCCAUGAUGAUGUCUUUGAUAUGAUUGACAUUGUUUUGCCCCAACUUCAACAUGUGAAUAUGCUUGUCGUACUAAAUACGUUGAAAUUUAUCGUUUACCUUUUAAAUUAUGUCGACAGGAUCAAUGAAACAUUGGUAAAAAGAUUAUCAAGUUCCAUUGUUGCUUUACUAAACAAGCCUCCCGAAUUGGAAUUCCUUCUUUUAAGGAAUGUCAUAUUACUUUUAUUAAGUAGACAAACGCCUUUAUUAGAAUUCGAUGUGUCCUAUUUCUUUGUGGAAUAUUAUGAUCCGAUUUAUAUAAAGGAUACAAAGUUAGAGUGCUUGUAUUUACUUGCAAAUAGUGAGAACUUGCCUCAAAUCUUAGAUGAAUUGGAACAAUAUGCUACUGAUAUCGAUAUCCAAAUGUCACGUAAAGCAAUUCGCGCCAUAGGGAAUUUGGCAGUUAAGCUAGAUGAUAAUGCAGCAACUGAGUGUGUUCAUAUUUUGCUCCAUUUGUUGGAGUUUGGGGUCGAUUAUGUUGUUCAAGAAAUAAUUUCAGUCCUCAGAAACAUUCUUCGGAAAUAUCCCAAUAAAUUCAAGUCUAACAUCAGGGAAAUAGUUGAGUAUACAGAUUCGGUCCAAGAGCCUGAAUCAAAAAAUGCAAUGUUAUGGAUAAUAACCCAAUAUUCAGAUAUCCUUCCAAAUUACAUGUCAAUUUUCCAGAACUUAACCUCAUCGUUGCUUGAAGAGCCUCUCGAGGUUCAAUUUUCAAUCUUAAAUUCUAGCGUUAAAUUCUUUGCCAGAAGUCCUUCAGCCGAAACAAAAAACCAAUGUAUGGGCAUAAUACAGUUGUGUAUUAAUGAAAUCGACAAUCCGGACCUACGUAACAGAGCGCUCAUGUAUGAUAGAUUGAUAGCAGUAUCAGGGAACAUUGGUGUAACCAAUCCUGGCAUUAGUAUAUUGCAAACUAUUGUCGACGGGAAGCUUCCUGUUAUAGAACUAAACUCUAAAUUGGAUCCCAUGGUUUUAGAGGAAUUAGAACUGAAUAUGAGCUCAAUCACUUCUGUUUACUUAAAACCAACCUCGCAGAUAUUUAGAGGCAAUAGAACAAAAUUGUUACCACAAAGCCCUAUCCUGGUAACUGAUAGGGAAGCCUUAAAAAUAACAAACUAUAAAGGACUUAAAAAUAAAGGAGACAGCUCAACAAAAGGGAUGCCCAAAAGAACGGCAACUAUGAGUGAUUACGAUAAACCAGCUGAAAAAGUCAAUCAGUUGAAAGGGAAAAGAAAAUCAACACUCAAUGGCCCUUCAAAGCUUGCAAGAAAACCAUCUAUGCUUAUGAGAAGGCUUUCCAUGAAAAAUCCAUUUUAA